CAUGUCUCCGUCUCUCGCCCCCAGAUCUGCUUUCCGCGCCCACAUAUUGCUCAGGCAGCUGCAGCGGCAUGCCUACUCCACGCCAGCCGCCUCGCCGGUGAUCAACGUCACCAAUGUCCCCGCUCCCCACUGCGGGAGCAUCCGCAUCCUCUCUCUGAACCGCCCAGCAGCCCGCAAUGCCAUCUCAAGGCAAUUGCUCGCCGAGUUGAACCACCACAUCACCAGCAUCCACGAUGAAGGCGGCUCGGGGUCUACAAGAGCCCUGAUCCUCGCCAGCGAAGUCGACUCGAGCUUCUGCGCCGGCGCCGACUUGAAAGAGCGGGCAGGCUUCACUGCAGAAGACACCAAAACCUUCCUCACUUCCCUCCGCGGCACCCUCGCCUCCAUCGCCGCCCUGCCCAUCCCCACCAUCUCCGCCCUCGCCGCGCCCGCUUUCGGCGGCGGCCUCGAGCUCGCCCUAACCACCCACCUCCGCAUCUUCGGCUCCACCACUAUCGUAGCCCUCCCUGAGACCCGCCUCGGCAUCAUCCCCGGCGCUGGCGGGACCUACCGCCUCCCCGCCGUCAUUGGUCUCUCUCGCGCCCGUGACAUGAUCCUCACCGGCCGGCGGGUUGCAGCAAGCGAGGCGUACUUCCUCGGACUGUGUGACCGGCUGGUGGAGGUGCAAGCAGAGGAGGCGGGCGAGGCGGGGGUGGCGCGGAAGCGGGUGCUGGAGGAGGCAGUCAAGCUGGCGAGGGAGAUCUGUGAGGGAGGGCCGAUUGCUAUAAAUGCGGCGCUGCGGGCGGUGGAGGGGUGUGCUGGGGGCGAGGCGGCGGAGAAUGAGAUGUAUGAGGUCGUUGUGAAGACGAAAGAUAGGGACGAGGCGCUGGUUGCGUUUCGGGAGAAGCGGAAGCCGAUGUUUAAGGGCCAUUAGAAGUACUGAGGUCAUGUAUAUAUUCGGCAUAGAGUAUGAAGUUAAAAGCAAGCUUUCAAAGAGACUGGUCAUGCAUUGAAGUAUGCGAUUGGACGUUCAUAUUGAUCGUCUCUGAUGAUGAUAUCACAGGGAGCGUCUACUGGAACAUAGAGAAAUAUCUUGGUAGUCAAACCGUUCAGUCAAUCCUUCCCUCAGACCUUCGCACAACGUAUCGAAGCACUCCAAGCAGUUAUGAACAAGUCAACACGUUUCUUUGAGGAAGACCUUCAACUGUAGCCUGCCUGUAUUUGUUACGCUCCUUUUCCUUCAUAUGAUCCAUGAUUGAUACUCAUAGAGCGCACUGGAUCCCCUACUGGACCUUGGAACUAUUGAUGGCAGUCGCCGAUACUCGGAGUUCCUUCUACUGUCGAGACGUCCAGUAGGGCUCAGGUUCCCACGGUACCC